AUAAAUUACAAUUAAAUGAAAAGAAAUUAAAAAAAUUAGUUUCAAUAAUAUAUCUAAAUGAAAUAAGAUAAUAACGAAGAACUCAUUGUUUUAAAUAAUAUUCUCUUCUUGGUUAAUUUAAGUAAAACAAGUUAAUCAAGUUCAAGAAAUCUACUAAAUAAAUGGUUUUAAGAUUCUAUCAAGAGUUAUGUAUUAGAAUCUGUUGCUGCUCCUCUGAUAGUCAAACAUCUUUGUUUUAGCUCUACCGCAUAAUUGAAAACAUUUAUUCACUCACAAAAAACUAUUUAAUGCAAACCUAAAUACAUGAGGAUUAUUGAAUAGUAUUUCUUCUAUAUCAAAAAAUACAAUCAAGAAGAUCUAUUUAUAUAAAAUCUUUAGUAAAUUCUUUCAAAUCCUGAAGAUAUUACUUAAAGCAGCACAAAAAAAACAUACAAUACUUUAAAAACUGUGAGAAAAUAGUUUGUAUGCCUUUUAAUCUUAAAGUAUUUUAAAAUAUAUGGAUAAUUAGAAGUACCUUCGUUUUAUGAGCUGUGGAACAUUUGCUAUCCUUAAGAAAUUUAAAUAAAAAAAAAACUCACUAAGUUCGACAGAUAAAUUAAAUCAGAUAUAAAGAUCAAAGAAGAAGUCAAUUGUAAUGAUUCUUUAAUUUCCUCUACUGAUCAUUUUUUGAAUUGUAGUUCCUCACUUUCUUUAUCCAAUUAAUAAGACUAUUUAAAUUAAGAAAUUUCUACUUAUAUAAACUCAAGAAAAAAUAGUGAUAAGUAGUUGUUCGAAAACACGAAUAAUGAUGCGUAAAGUAGUGAUUAUUCUGAUUACAAUUCAUGCAAAUAACCAAUUAAUAAUAGAAUAUUUGAAGAAGAUAGUUAUGAAGAAGAAUCUAUGAACCAUUUUCUGUAAUUUAACAAACAAUUCUAAUAAUAAAAUGAAGAGCAAUCUACCUAUUCAAAAGAUUAAUUUGAUAAUGACUAAGUAUUAUAGAGAGGACAAUAUUAAUUGUAAAAUUUUUAACAAAAUACAUAAUUCAAUUGA